GACCGAUUGCGAACCAACCCGAACCGACUCUGUUGGAAAAUAAGAUUGAAGCUAGUGUUAGUUGAUUGAAUCCUUCAGUUGUCGAAGCCGCUCUCUCCUCUCUGCAGCCAUAUCUGGAAAUAUGCAGGCAAGUGAUAGGUUUAACAUCAAUUCACAGCUUGAACAUCUUCAAGCUAAGUAUGUUGGCACUGGCCACGCCGAUUUGAACAGAUUUGAAUGGGCAGUGAAUAUUCAGAGAGAUAGUUAUGCGUCAUAUAUGGGACAUUAUCCCAUGAUGGCUUACUUUGCUAUUGCUGAGAACGAAUCCAUCGGUCGAGAACGUUACAAUUUUAUGCAGAAAAUGCUUUUGCCUUGUGGUCUACCUCCUGAAAGGGAAGAUGAUUGAGAGAAGCCUUCUCCUUUCCUUGUGCAAGAGAGGUCUUCUACUUCAGACUUAAUAUCGUGUCCGAUUCAUGUAUACUUGAAACAUCAAUUACCUUUUAUGACCAUGAUGAGAACUGAAUUUAUGGUCUCAGUUUGUUCUAGUAGACUUUGUAAACUUCAACCUGUUCUGACAGGUGGUUUCAGAUUUUGGUAGUAUUAAAUUUGUCGAAUUAGUAGUACUGUAACCCAUCAUGCAGCCUAGAUAAUGGAAGUGUUUUUUUGUUGCGGGUA